AUGGACGCACCGAGGACCGUCGCGUCCAAGUUGACACGGACGUUGGACCUGCCACCGAGUUGCAUGCAAUUCUGCCCACGUCACCCAUCCUACUUCGUCGUCGGCACCUACAGCCUCGAGGAGAGCGAUGCGGCCGGCCGGGGAGAGGCCGACGAGCCCAUCGAGGAGCAGCUCGCGGCGGCCGGGAAUGGCCAGGUCCGACACGGCACGCUCGUCGUCUUCCGGCUCGAAGGAGAGGUGCUCACAAAGGUGCAGACGGUGCUGCAGCCGUCGGCUCUGCUCGAUGUGCGGUUUCACCCGCAGCAUGGCGCCAUCUUGGCUGCCGUCUCCAGCACCGGCACCUUGGCCGUCUUCACGCUUGAUCCAGGGCGAAGCGCGACGGAGCCGCUUCGGCAGCUCGCGACGAGCAAGUGUCCCGACCUGACGGAAGACACCCUCUUCCUGCAAUGCGCCUGGCAUCCCACGCUCGAAAGGGUCAUGGCCGUCACGACCUCGGGCGGCCUGUCGAGGCUGCUGUUCUUGGACGACGGAUGGAGGAUCCGGCAUCACCUUGAUCUGGAGAUGGCAAACUCGCUCGAGGCCUGGUCGAUUGCCUUUUCGCCCCCGACCAAGGGCCCCGAGGAGAGCACGCAGUCGGCAUCCGUCUACGGCGGCGGCGACGACUCGUUGCUACGCUACGGCCUGUGCUCCUGGGCCGCCGACGCCGCCGACGCUUCCCCGACCAUCACGAUGCCGCACGUGCCCCUGGCCGUCAAGAACCAGCACGGCGCCGGCGUCACCGCCAUCCUCCCUCUUCCGCUCCGCUCGGCCGACGGCGGUCGCAUCGUCCUCACAGGAAGCUACGACGAUCACCUGCGCGUCUUCGUCAUCCACGACCUCGACGCGUCCGGCGGCGCGAGGAGAGUCAGGCUGGCGGCCGAGAAGAAGCUCGGCGGCGGCGUAUGGCGUCUCGGUUUGGUCCGCGUCUCGUCGUCCGAGCCGGAUGCCCCUUCGACGGUGCGCAUUCUGGCCUCGUGCAUGCAUGCGGGGGUAAGGCUGGUGGACGUCGAGAGCCACGACGGCCUGGAAUGGACCUGCACGGUCCUGGCACGGUUCGAGGAGCACAGGAGCAUGAACUAUGCAUCCGACUGUGUCGUCGUGGACGACGGUGGAAGCGAGAGGCUGCUCUGCGUGUCCACGAGCUUCUACGACAAGCUGCUAGACGAUGGACAGCGUAAUGAUGCCCCUACCGUUGCCACGGCUCCGCACCACCGUACUGUGCAUUUCCCCGCGAUAACGUUGUUCCUUGGCGGUGAGGCCCGGCGGGCCAGCUUCGGUCCGUUAGCGCCGUGCUUGCAUCGGUGGUGCGACGAGCAGAACUCCAUCGUCGCGGGGGCUUCUCGUCGUCGUCCUCCGGUGUCACCCAUUCCCUGGGGCUUCGGCCAAACUUCCCGUCCGCUCUCCCUCCUCUGGACGCCCGCAGCUCAGCUCGGACGACAGCAGCGUGACUCCUUCGGCAUGGAGCCGGCAGCGCGCGGUGCUGGACUUCCGGCCUCGCUCCGCUACGUCCAGUACGAGCAUGGCUUCGAGUCCAAAUACCUCCCCGCCAUCCGUUCGCUCAUAGCCAAGGACCUCAGCGAGCCGUACAGCAUCUACGUCUACCGCUACUUUCUCUGCCAGUGGGCUCACCUUUGCUUCCUCGCCCUUGACCCUUCCGACUCAUCCCUCGUGGGCGUCAUCAUCUGCAAGCUCGAGAGCCACUCGUCCCAUUCCCCCCCAACCCGUCGGGGCUACAUCGCCAUGCUGGCCGUGUCCUCGUGCUUCCGCGGCCACGGGGUGGCGACGGCGUUGGUCAAGCGGGCGAUCGAGGCCAUGGCCAGCCGCAAGGCCGACGAGAUUGUGCUCGAGACGGAGGAGACCAACGAGCCGGCCAUGCGGCUGUACGAGCGGUUGGGUUUCCUGCGGUCCAAGAAGUUGCAUCGGUAUUACCUCAACGGCAACAGCGCUUACCGGCUCAUCCUGCCGCUCGAAUGCCCGCACCCGAAUGGAAGCCGGUACGGCUAUGGCGACAGCGUCACGUGA